CCGAGAUCACCAACUCCCCCCAACGCCCUCCCCCGCGUCCAGUACCCCGGCCAAACCUUCCCACCUACGAAGAAUAAAAAAUCCCAAAAAAAGUCCGCCAAAAUGCCCACCCCCGAAUCCGCCGCCUUCCUCGCCAAGAAGCCCACCGUGCCCCCAAGCUACGAGGGCGUCGACUUCGAAGACAACGUCGCCGUCCACAACGCCCGUGACGCCAUUAUCCGUGAGCAAUGGGUCCGCAGCAUGAUGUCUCGUCUUGUCGGUGAGGAAUUGGGGAAGUGUUAUGCGCGCGAGGGCGUCAAUCAUUUGGAGAAGUGUGGGGCUUUGAGAGAGAAGUACUUUGAGCUGUUGAAGGAGCGCAAGAUUAAGGGUUACCUGUUCCAGGAGAAGAACUAUUUCGAGAAGAGUGCUUAGGUGGAUUUGGUUCGCUGGAAUGGAACGAAUUGAGUUGAACUGAAUUGUGUAUUUGGAUGGGACUUUUUUCUUUUUCUUUGUUAAGGUUGUUGUUUUUUUAGAUCAAUUGUAUCAUUUUUUUUACCCUU